AUGGAGGAUGAUGUGUGUGAUAGUCUUGAAAAGAUGAAGUUGACAAUUGAAGAGGAGGAAACCAUUGCUAUUUCGGAUGAAGGAAGAAAGGAAGUAAUUGAAAGUUGUAACCUGAGUUUGAUUGGGAAAUUCCUUACAUGUAAGUCUUUUAAUAAAUUGGCUGCAAAGAAUACAAUAAGGAGAGCUUGGGGACUAAAUGAUUCAAUGCAAAUCCUUGAAGUAGGGCCGAAUCUCUUCCAGUUCAAAUUUCAAUUCGAGUUUGAUUUGGAUCGGAUUUUGAGAGGAGGUCCUUGGACCUUUGAUAAUCAAUUACUAUUAUUGCAAAGGUGGAAAAAGGGCAUGACUGUAGGAAAUAUUCGACUGGAGGCGGCAUCACUCUGGGUCCAAAUAUAG